CGUGUGAGGAAAGAGAGGAGGAGGAGGAGAAGAUAGAGAGGGCAGAAGGGAGGGGGCAUCGGCGUAUGCUUGUAUACAACUACCCCCCGAUUUCCAUUUUUUCCCCUAACUCGUAAUGUAUUUAAUUCAAGUGAAACGUAAUCAUGACGUGUGUUGUCAUUAAUCUCCUCGCCGCCUCUCCCGGGAAUGUUGGAGUUGGUCAGGCAGAUUGCCACCAUCAGAACACACCCUCUUUAAGUCAAGGAAGUGAAGCAUGGCAUAGACACAUCAACAAGUAUGGAUUCUCCACCAGAGAGUAUGCUGGCUCUUUCCUGUGAGCCCCCAUUGUCUCCUCCCUCCAUGCCGUCCCUGGACCACAGUCCCCAAUUCCUAUCCCAGAGUCCUCAAUCUACCCCUUCUAGCCCUCAAACUGAACUCUAUGCCCCGGUCUCUCCUUGCCCCCUUCCAGAGGCCAGCCUCCAAGAUGAGGAGGAGGAGGAUGAGGAGCUGUCAACUCCCCCAUCACCCACCCCAGCGGUGGCGCUGUUUCCUGGUGAACUUGAGCUCGGCAGUCCCUCAUCGGAGAGCAGCCCCCCAGCCACACCAUUAACACCUUUUCCUGGUUUUGGAGCUCUGGAGCAGGCCAUCUCCUCUGGUCAAAGUACCACCUGUGAUGAUGAGUUGGAUCUUCAACUUUUCAACAAUGAGGGCAUGGCUGUCCCCGGAGGGACAAACUCUGGGCCUGGCCUAAGGUUCCCGUGCCAUGUGUGUGGAAAGAGGUUCCGCUUCCAGAGUAUUUUGUCCCUGCAUGCUCGAGCUCACAGUUUAGACAGGGAGCGUCGAGCUUCAGCUCCCUACCGAACCACACAUGCCAAACUGCAGCAGAACCAUGUGGGCAACAGUGUAAUCCAGAAUCUCAACAACAGAGAGCCUGGUCUGAAACUGAGUCCAUUAUCUGGGUCAUUACAAAAGAAUAUGGAUGAGGACAUGGUUCCAGAGGAACCUCUUCAAACUGCUAGCAGCCCACAGUUCCUCUUUGAAGGAACCACAGCCCUGACUCCACCUCUAACAGAGGAAGCACCAAUCUCAACCUCCUUCUCUCCACUUGGCCAUGCCCACUUGGAAGACAACACCCCCUCCACAGCUGCUUCUGCCUUCCGGUGUCAUGCCUGUAAGGGUAAGUUCCGUACAGCUUCAGAGCUGGCACGUCAUGUGCGGAUCCUCCACAACCCCUACAAAUGUACAAUGUGUCCCUUCUCAGCCAGUCAGGAGGAAAGCCUGGCUGCCCAUCUGCAGGAGAGCCACCCACCUGAGGAUCCUGUCACUGAAACGGUUUUCCCUCCUCACCCUAUAACAGCACCAACAGAGACUCCUCCCUCACAAAUGCCAGUUGUUCCAGCUUUCCGAUGCGAGACGUGCGGGCAGCGUUUUACUCAGUCCUGGUUUUUGAAGGGGCACAUGCGGAAGCACAAGGACUCAUUGGAUCACAAGUGCCAGGUGUGUGGCCGUGGCUUCAAGGAACCCUGGUUCCUAAAGAAUCAUAUGAAGGUGCAUCUCAACAAGCUGGGCCUCAAAGCUGGAUUGGGAAAUCUGGGGCCGGCUGGAAAUGAGCAAUCCAAAGGUCCUGCAAGCACACAAGUGCUGGGGGCCCUGUAUUCCAACUUGCUCCUGGCUCGCACUAUGACUGGUGGCGGUGGUUCAGGAAGUCGCACAGAGAGGUCAGAUGCCAGUGCAGGCUCAAGCAAAUCCUCUAUAUUGGGUUAUCUGGGCUUACCCAAAGAUGCCAGCAAUGGAAGUUGCAUGGAGCGCCUUCAGGCAGUGGCACAGGUUGCAGAAAUGGGUAAUGGUGGAGGACGGGGAGGUGAAGCAGCAGACGGAGCGGACCAGGCAGCCAUGUGGCAGCUGGUUGCUCGCAGUCUGAUGGCAGCACAGCACAACCAACAGCAACAGCAGCAGCGAUCUCAUUCGCACCAUCAGCUUCCUUCCUCACGAGGCACAGUUGCUGGGGAAGCCAAGGAGUUGAGGACCUACCUUGGUGGGUUGGGUUCUAGAGAGGAACUGGAGGGAUCUAGUCCACCAUGGGAGUGUCCAGAUUGCGGCAAGCUGUUCAGAAGCCUUCAGCAGGUGGUUGCUCACGCCCGUGUCCAUGUCCAGAAACCACAGAAAGGUCAAAGUCCCCGAGGGGGCAUGUCCAGGGAAGAGGACAUUAUAAACAGAGUGAGUGGAGCUCAGGCAACAGGUGGAGUAGGAGGAGGACAAAGAACUAGUGACAAUGAAGGAAGGCAGGAGGGAAAGCAACUACCAUCAGAAGUCGGGACAGCUGGGAGCUUCCAUUCUGUCAUAUCACAUCUUUCUGGUCAAAAUGGUCUGAGGGGAUCAUCCUCUUCCACUUCAUCUCCAAGGGAGCGUGUUCGGGGAACAGGGAUAAAGGAUUGCCCCUACUGUGGUAAAGCCUUCCGGUCUUCCCAUCACCUUAAAGUGCACCUUCGUGUACACACAGGUGAGAGACCAUACAAAUGCCCACACUGUGAUUAUGCUGGCACCCAGUCUGGCUCUCUCAAGUACCACCUUCAACGUCAUCAUCGUGAGCAAAGGAACGCUAUGGCAACCACCACAAAUUCCCCACCACCGAGCCUCCCCUCUCUGACUGGCUCUCCUCAUGAAGUGGUGAAAAAGCGCCGUCACCCCUCCAUGUCCCAGUCUUCUUUUGGGAGGGAUCCUGGAGAGGCUCCUUCUUCAAGGCACAGUCGGUCAUGGGCUGCAAGCCCGCCAGAGAAGAAGGAGGGCACUACUGCAUCUGGACGUCAAAGAGAGGGAGACGUGGAGAGUCAGUAUCACAGUCUGUCGGGGAUGAUGGGUACUUUCUUUGCCGGUGGUCUAGAACCAAGUUGGAUUGGGGAGGUGCCACCUCCGAAAAUGCCCAAAGUGUCUCGACGGAAACCCCUUACUACAAGCCGCAUGAUGUCAGCAAAUGGCUACCAGGGCGGGAUGAAGUCCAGUGGGUCCCAGGAAGGAGGCUUUGAACCUCUGGACCUUUCCCGCCGCCCUUUACAAGAUGAAGGGGGAGUGAGCAGUUCUAUAGGUGGACCGUCAGGUGGCUCUAAAGGAGGGAAUGACAUCCUCAAUCAAUGUGUCUUCUGUCCCUUCCGGACCUCUUCUGUUGAGCUUAUGGCCAUGCACCUUCAGGUUAAUCACACCAGCAAGUCUCGUCGCAAGAGGGGAGCCCCUCUCGCUUCCACCAAUCAUUCUCCAAGACUAACUUUGGCCAGGCCGGACCGCGAUCCGCUGGCUCUGUGGAAGUUCCUCGGUGCAGAGGACGGAGUAGCAUCUCCUGAGGAUUGGGUCUUGUCAAAGACAAGAGCUGAGAAUGGAUUCAGCCCAGAGAACAGGGACACAGAGGACAGUUUUGAACUGGCCCCUGGACCUGUGGGAAGCAUUGGUAAGAAGGGGCUUAAAAUGAGAGAGGAGCUGGACGAGGAAGAUGAGCAAGUCGAUGAGGAGGAGGAUGACCUGGAAGCAAAUGGCAGCUUUGGAAAUGCACCCCAGAAUCAGAGCAGAAGGGCUGGGUCUGUUUCAUCAGACCUCACGGCUGAGGAUCUGCUCAAGGAGGAGGAAGGUGUCUUGGGGAAAUAACAUCAAACAAGAGCCCUGGAUGAGUUUGGACUAGUGUUGUCAAAAGUACCAACUUUGGUACCAGUCAGUACUGAAGUUUUAAAAAUGUCUAUUUCCCGCUAACGUUUGAGUGCUGAUGAGCCGAUUCUUGGCCAUUGUGUUCAAACGCGCUCAACAGAUAUGAUUGUGAUUGGCUACAAAGAUCAUCGCUGAACACAAUGGCCAAUCAGUGCUGUUUAAGAAUCAGCUCAAUAGCACUCAAAUGUUAGCGGGAAAUGAAUGUUUUUAACAUUUCAGUACCGACUGGUACCGAAGUCGGUACUUUUGACAACACUAGUUUGGACAUAGCGGCAGGGGAGAGAUAUUUGGGAAAUAGUUGCCCAGGGUCCCUCGUACAACCCUGUUGAAUAAAAAAACAGCAUUUUCGGGUUAGGUAUGGCAGCUAGUUUGAGCUGGUUUA